AUGCCCCCUCGCGAUCCGUCCGUCGUGAGUGAGCAGCUCGAUAUCGCUCAAGAGUCACUCAAAGAGUCACCUGAAAUUCCCAUGAAUGAUGAUGGUGAUCCACAAAGGUGUCGUCCCUGGCGUGAAAGAUCAAGUUCCAUCAAGCCUAUCUAUACACAAAAGGAAUUGCUUUCAUACGCAAAAUGCUUCAUAUCCGAAGAUGAUACACUUGCCAUGCAUACACCAAUGAUCACAAAGGCCAUUCAACUGAUACGAUCCGUCCCCAGUGCCAUCAUUCGAUACGGCAUCUUGUUUCCCAUCCGAUUGGCUUCAUUGAGUGCUGCAACAAUCGCCUUUUUUGUAUCGCUACCCGUUGCUGUAGGGCUUGAAAGCAAUUCCAUGGUGGCAACGCUGGUCAAAUGGUAUUGCAAAGGCAUUUUGUUUUCCUUGGGAACAGUGCCACGCUAUAUCGGAGAGAAGCCAUGGCUUUCAGAACCUCAUGUCUUUGUUGCAAAUCACACCUCUUACCUCGAUUACAUUGUCGCCAGCGCCCAUCAAUACCCGCAUGCCGUCGUCAUGGCACGCCAUAAAGGAGCACUCGGCUUCUUGCAGAACAAUGGGCUGAACUUUUUGCACUCCAUGACCUUUGAUCGAGCGAAUCUGUACGAGCGAAAGAACCUCGCUGAAAGUUUGCGAAAACAUGUCUCGAAUCCAAUCACUUGGCCGAAUCCAAUGCUGAUAUUUCCAGAGGGAACUUGUGUCAAUAACAAAUACACGAUCCGUUUCCAAAAAGGAGCAUUCGAACUUGGUGUUAAGGUGUGCCCCAUUGGCAUCAAAUACGAUCGAUAUUGGGGAGACCCUUAUUGGGAUACGCGCAAAGGAUUUCUCAACUAUGCUUUCUACCGUAUGACGCGAUGGUUUACACCAGUGGAUAUUGUAUUUUGCACGCCACAAGCCCCAUACGACCAUGAAGAUCCAGUCAUGUUUGGUGAUCGUGUCAAGGCAUUGAUAUCUGAUACCAUUGGAUUAGAGAAUGUCGACUUUAAUGGAAUGGCCAAACGCGAUCUGCUUAAAGUGAUCAAUUAG